GUCACAUUAAAUUUUCACUAAUUUUUAUAUUAUUGAGUUUCAUGUUGUUUAGAUUUACACUUUAUCCCUAAAUUCACUUCAAAAUUACUUUCAAUUUUAUCCCAAUGUGAGUUGAUAUUUUAUUAUUAAACCAAGAAAAAAAGUGAUGAUAUUAUGCCACCUUAAGAGUACAAUUUUUGAAGACUAACUUCAAGGUUCAAAUUUCAAUCACUUUUCUUGAAUAUAAAGCCGUUAAAAUUCAUCUUACUAUAAAGGUUUGGCGGUAUAAACAAAAAUGUGCAAAUUUGAGGCAUUAAACAUUUCAAUGAAUGAAGUUCUUUUCCUUUUCUUUGUCUCUCCUACACAAAUGUACCUCCAUAACUUCACUCAAGAAAGCCCACAAACUCCAUGCCCUCAUCUUAACAUCCUCUACACCUUUCACUUACAACAACCCAUUCCUCCAUAACAACAUCCUUUCAAUGUAUGCUAAGUGCGGCUCAGCCAGACAUGCCUACAAAGUGUACGAUAAAAUGCCCCAAAGAAACUUCAUUUCUUAUAAUUCUAUCAUUUCUGCAUAUGCCCGUCAACCUUAUGCUGGUGCUGCUAAUUAUGCUUUUGAUUUGUUUUUUCAGAUGAGAUUUCAAGGUUUUACACCCAAUGGGGCGACGUUUAUAAGCCUACUGCAAUCAGCUUGUGUUGCUGAUGACUUGCUUCGAGGGUUAGCUCUUCAUUGUUUAAUAAUUAAGUUUGGUCAGCUGUUUGAUGUGCAGGUUCAGACUGCUUUGAUUCGUUUCUUUUCUUAUGCUGGGGAUCUUAGUUCUGUUGAUGAAGUAUUUGGUGAUGUCAUUGUGAAAGAUGAUUAUUCCUGGAAUUGUGUUAUAUCAGGGUAUCUUAAAAAUGAAAGGCUAGCAGAAGGCCUAUGCUUGUUUAGAAAGAUGUUGAGAAGUGAUGCAAACCCGACAGAGUUUACAUACUCAAUUGUAUUGAAUGCUUGCGCAAAAUUCGGUGAUUAUUCUUGUGGUCGACUUGUUCAUGGACAUGUUAUAUUAACCGGCGUGUUCCUAGAUUUGCCUUUAAAGAACACAUUGGUUGACAUGUACUGUAGUUGUGAUGAUAACCAAUCUGCCUUUCGUAUUUUUGAAGGAAUUCAGAACCCGGAUCUUGUGUCAUGGAACACGAUGAUGGCAGGAUAUGCAGAGAAAGGAGAAGGAGAGAAGGCUAUGGAUCUGUUUGUGCAACUGCAGCAUUGUUCCACUCAACAAGCAGAUGAAUAUACUUUUGCUUCUUUGAUCUCGGCCAUUCAAGAAUACCCAGCUUCACACUACGGAGAACCCCUCCAUGCAAAGGUUAUAUUAUAUGGAUUGGAUAACAGUGUCUUUGUUGGGAGUCCACUGCUUUCCAUGUAUUUUGGAAACGGAAAAAUUGAAUCUGCUGAAGUGGUUUUCCACUCAAUCCCGAGAAAAGAUAUUGUUUUGUGGACUGAAAUGAUCUCUGGUUAUUCUAAAGUGGGAUAUAGUGAAAAUGCAAUUGAAUUCUUCUAUAAUAUGUGGAAAGGAGGUUAUAAAGUAGAUGAUUUUGCCCUAAGUAGUGCUUUGAGUGCUUGUGCUGAACUUGUGACUUUGAGGCAGGGUGAGAUGCUCCAUUCUCUGGCUGUAAAAACUGCUUGUGGUUCAAUGAUGUCAGUAUGUGGAAGUCUGAUUAAUUUAUAUGCCAAAAAUGGUGACCUGCAAGCUGCUAAGUCUAUAUUUUCUGAGGUCAAAGCUCCCGACUUGAAGUGUUUAAACUCAAUGAUUGGUGCCUAUAGUCAUCAUGGAAUGGCCGAGGAGGCACUAAGGCUGUUUCAUAGGUUUCUAGUUUCUGGUCUUCAACUAGAUGACAUUACAUUUAUUUCUCUACUCUCGGCUUGUACCCACUGUGGUUUAGUCGAUAGAGCGAAGCAAUUAUGGAAUUACAUGAAGAACAAGGGACUGUCCCCUGGACUUGAGCACUAUGCUUGCAUGGUAAGUUUGCUCUGUCGAGCAGGGCUACUAGAAGAGGCAGUGGAGAUAAUAAACAAAUCAAAUUUAAGUAAGAAUCGUGUUGCAUUAUGGAGAACUGUGCUGAGUGCAGCUGUUUCUUGCAAAAAUUUGUCGAUGGGACUUGACGCUGCAAGGGAAAUAUUACAGCUUAAUGAACAAGAUAGUGCAACUCAUACUUUACUUUCAAAUCUUUAUGCUUCUGUGGGGAGUUGGGAUGAUGUCUUGGAAGUAAGGAAAAGAAUAAGAGGACUGAUGUUGGAAAAGGACCCAGGACUGAGUUGGGUUGAGACAGUAAAAAGCUUGGAAGUUUUCUCGUCAGGUGAUCAUUCUCACCCGAAGAUUGAAGAGGUAAAAGACCAGCUGCAUAUACUACAAGAAAACAUGAUGUUAUGGCAAGAUGUUGAUAUAUAAUACUGAAAUGUUCUGUUCUGCUAGAAGUUUGGCAUGAAAUUAUUGCCGCUAAUCAGGAAUUAAACUAUCAAAGGUCCUCCAUUAAUGGGAUUGUUUUCAAAACCAGUAUGUUUUGCCACCCAUUAAUAUAGAUGCAAGUUGCAGAUACAUCAAUAUGAUGACUGAUGAGGGAAGAAACUAGAUCAGUGCUGAAGUAUCAUACUCAUGAGUCAUGACAGCUAAAUUACUCGAACUCAUGAAAUCUCUAGCUUUCAUGUCUGCACCAAACAUAUAAACGUACACAGGGAAAAUUGUGACCAAAAACAAGUAAAAAAUUUGAUGCUAUUUGAGUACCGACUCUGACAGACUGGCAUCUGUUGAUAGUACCAUCUACUAUGUCCUACAUUAGUGGCCGAAUCUACAAUACACAGCGGAAGGUGGCUUUUUAUUGGAGCUGUCAUCAAUUGGUUUGGUGGUACUCCUCAUACCGUGCACUUACUCUGUUGUUUACUGUGCAACCUGCUAUGCAGUGACCCCAUCGGUUAUUCAAUAGCUUUUUGUAGAGUAUUCCCAAUUGAUUUUUUUGUGGAAGUCGUACAGUCAGGUUGUUAACAACGAAGACAAAGUCACCGAUCUAUAUUAGAAGUCGCCUAGGGUCUAGAGUAAAAUGACCUUCAGUUAUUCAAACAAGUGUCCUCAUUGUCCGACUGUUCAUGAGUAUCAUGACUGAUAAUAUUAGCGGAUUCUCGGGCCAUGUUUAACAAUUCAAAGCAAACGGCAAUUUGUUGUACCAAUGGCUCAAUGCUAACCCAGAAAUUCUGGAAUCUGAAAUGAAACCCAAUAGUAACCCUUUCUACUAUUGUCUGUUCUCUUAUACAGCUUUACUACUCACAGAUGAUGGAUUCCAUAUUUUAUUGCUAAAUGUGCUACUACGUUUUCAAAACGAGCAUUGUUAUUAUUUAUUUAAGCAAAAAUGAGUUUAUAUAAAAAGGUAAUACAUAAUGAUUUUACAGCACUCCCACCUACUAAUCCAGUAGCACUAUGUUUGCAUGGUAAGUUUUGGUGAGUUACCAUUGUGGAGUUACAUUUAGGACAAGGGGCUGUCCCCUGCUCGAAGACGAAGCAACACGGAUGGUAUCAAGGUUACUUUUGCAAUUCGUUUGACGUUUAAACAAGGCAGUUGAUCCAAGACACAGAUCAUUUGUUUUCAAUUAUCUAAGCACUGUAUACUUUAUCCUAAAUUCAUUCCAGGCCUAAACCAUAGAGUUUGGAAUCUAAGAUGAAAUAAACAGCAAAACUUUCAACUGAAGACCUACACUUUUUCGAUUUGACAGCUGAUCAUUUUCUCAACUUUUUUGUGUU